GACUGAGCGCAGGAUGGACAGUAAUGGACAGCACCUUUAGGCAGGACUCCUUCCAGAUGUUUGCUUCUUAAGAAAGGGAUUUUGGUGGUAAAGUCUCUCAAAAACUGAAACGUCUUCAGAUAAAAGACACUACACAGUAGAAUUAUGUAUUAUUGGGCUAAUAUUUCUUGUACCUAGGACUGCCUCCUCAGGUCCAUUCCAGUGAGAGAAGAGCCCUCUUUUCACACCUUCCUUCAUCUUCUCUUUCUCCUUUUCCUCCUCCUCACCAGCUUCACUGGGCAUCACCCUGGGAUAUCACUUCAGCAUGCUUACUCCAGAUGAGUUUGGAAUUGUAUAUGCCACUUAUCUUUGCCAUUGUUGUCUAGCAUGUUUUUUUCAUAAGAGUGCUUACUAUGUUAAUGCUGCCGAUCUCAUUUGAGAGUAAAUAGGAUAAAAAGUCUAAUAACAUAGGCAAAUUAUGACUAUUUCGUAUCUUGAGAAGAUCUUAUUAAAGAAAAUAAUUUGUGUGUGUUUUGCUAUUAUAUAUAGCAGGAUCUGAGUAGAGGAGAUGGGUAGACAGGAGUUGAGGGAGGGCUACAUUCUUUGUAUUUUGUUUUUAUAGUUUAUGGUCAAAUAAAUAACAAGUAAUUUGUUCUAGUAGUUCUUUCUCAUUUAUUGGUUCCUGUUCUCCUAUUUUAAACCAUUGUCUAGAAAUCUUCAUCUGAUAAGUACAUGAUCCAAAGAAAUGAAUUAGUCAGCUGUUUCAAAAUCCAACACAAUGGUGGUGAUAAUACCAGGUAUUGACAGUGGAAACGAUUCUCCUUUGGGUGACAUUGCCAGCGGCUUUCAGCUGACAGAGCCAAGUAGUCUGCCUGCGGUUGUUCUUCUGUAUCAUUUUGGCAAAUUAAAUGGAAAGGUUAAACUUUCACUUUUUCAAAACUUGGCAGUGGCUGUUGACCUUUUGCUUCUUGAGAUGCUUUUAGGAGUAUUAUCUCAGCCUUUCAUUUUAAUACAUCGAAAUUCACUUAAAUUAAUAUUAGAGUGUACGUUGUAUAAGUUGUUGGUGGUGGACACAAAGAUGAGCAGGACAGUGCCCCUGCCCCCAGAGAGCCUAAAAUCUAAUAUGGAAAGCAGGAUAUAAACAAUUUUUCAAGUCCAGUGAACAUUAAAUCAGUGCAUAAGAAAUGCCCUUAUGAGAAUUCGAUAAGGAUCCAAUUAAUUCUAAAAAAAGAUUAGUGAAGGACUCACAGAGGAGGUAAACUUUGAUCUUCAUCUCAAAAGACGGGAAGGAUUUUAUUUUGAUUGGGUAAGUUGCAGGCCAGCAGAACAUAUCAAGCUAAAUAAUGAGAGCCCAGUAAAUAAUAAGUCUCUGUUCUUCAUAUUCUUUUUGAUGAAUAUCAGGUGUAUAUCUGUGUGGUUGAAGUAUUGGUUUUGUCCAGUAUUGAAAUGGAUCAAAAGAAAUGGCCAUUUAAGAAGCAGAUUGCAUUAUUCUUUGGAUGCUGUACUCAAAACUGUACGCCAACCUGUCAUAUGCAUCAACAACCAUGUAUUUUGUUCAGUUUGUAUCGAUUUGUGGUUGAAGAAUAAUAGCCAAUGUCCAGCCUGCAGAGUCCCCAUCACUCCUGAAAAUCCUUGCAAAGAAAUUAUUGGAGGAACAAGUGAAAGUGAGCCCAUGCUAAGCCAUACAGUCAGGAAGCAUCUUCGGAAAACUAGACUUGAAUUACUUCACAAAGAAUAUGAGGAUGAAAUAGACUGUCUGCAGAAAGAGGUAGAUGAACUUAAGAGUAAAAAUCUCAGCUUGGAAUCACAGAUCAAGACUAUCCUGGAUCCUUUAACCUUGAUGCAGGGCAACCAAAAUGAAGAUAAACUUCCAGUUGCAGAUAAUCCAAGUAAAAUUGACCCAGAAACUGUAGCAGAGUGGAAGAAAAAGCUUAGAACAGCUAACGAAAUCUAUGAAAAAGUGAAAGAUGAUGUGGAUAAGCUAAAAGAGGCAAAUAAAAAAUUGAAAUUGGAAAAUAGUGGCCUGGUGAGGGAGAAUUUACGACUGAAAGCUGAAGUUGAUAACAGAUCACCUCAGAAGUUUGGAAGGUUUACAGUGGCUGCUCUGCAGUCCAAAGUAGAGCAGUACGAACGUGAAACCAAUCGUCUCAAGAAAGCGCUGGAACGAAGUGAUAAAUAUAUAGAGGAACUGGAGUCUCAGAUUACACAGCUGAAGAAUUCAAGUGACGAGAAGGAAGCGAUGAAUGCCAUUUGUCAGAGAGCACUUUCUACAGACAGCAAAGGGAACAAAGGCACCGAGGAGGAUAUGGCAUCCAAGAACCAAGGUGAUGGUGCCAGAAAGCAGCUCGGCUCAGCCCCCUCGAGUUCUCAUCUGGCAAAACCUUCUAGCAGUUCUGUCAGGCAGGAAGGCACCGGCAAAGCAGAAGCAAACUGUUCUAAGAACCAAGACCUGUAUCAGAAGCGAGUGGAAACAAUGCUCACUGUGACAGAUACAAGUAUGGAUACCUAUCUGGAAAGAGAAUGGGGAAAUAAGCCAAGUGAUUGCGUGCCCUACAAAGAUGAAGAACUCUAUGAUCUUCCAGCUUCCUGUACUCCUUUGUCCCUUAGUUGUCUUCAGCUCAAUACGCCAGAUAAUAGAGAGAGCUCUGUGGUCAAAGCAGGAGGGUCUAAAAAGCAGUCAAACCAUCUCAGAAAAUUGAUGUUUGAUGAUUUCUGUGAUUCUCCGAAUGUGUGUAAUAAAGAUUCUUCAGAAGAUGAUAGAAGUGAGAGUGAAAAGAAAUCAGAGUGUUUUACUUCCCCAAAGACAGGGUUUUGGGAUUGUUGUUCCACAAGCUAUGCCCCCAGCUUGGACUUUGAAAGCUCAGAGGAGAACACAAUAGCAAAUUGUGUUGGAGAAAUUUCUUCAAAAUUGAGUGAGAAACCAGGUUCAUGUUUAUCCAAGAGGUUGAAUUCUCUCCGCUCUUUUGAAAUGAAUCGGACAAGAACAUCCAGUGAAGCAUCAAUGGAUGCAGCUUACCUUGACAAAAUCUCGGAGCUGGAUUCAAUGAUGUCAGAGUCAGACAAUAGCAAGAGCCCCUGUAAUAAUGGUUUUAAGUCGCUGGACUUGGAUGGGUUAUCAAAGUCAUCUCAGUGCAGUGAAUUCCUUGAGGAAACAGAUAAGUUGGAAGAAAGAACUAAACCAAACCUUUCUAAAGGUUCUCUGACUACUGAUCAGUUAGAAAAUGGAAAUGAAUGGAAACCCAAUUCUUUUUUUCUCCUCUCUCCAUCUGACCAAGAAAUGAAUGAAGAUUUUUCACUCCAUUCCAGUUCAAACCCAGGAACCAAUGAAAUCAAACCACCAAGUUGUUUGUUUCAGACUGAGUUUUCCCAGGGUGUUUUGCUAAGCAGUACAAACCGGCUAUUUGAGGAUCAAAGGUUUGGGUCAUCUUUGUUUAAGAUGUCCUCAGAGAUGCCUGGUCUUCAUAACCACCUUCAGUCUCCUUGGUCUACUUCUUUUGUGCCUGAAAAGAGGAAUAAAAAUGUGAAUCAGUCAGCAAAAAGAAAAAUCCAGAGCAGCCUUUCCAAUGCCAGCCCAUCAAAAGCAACUAAAAGUUGACAAAUUAGAAAGAUGUCAUUUAUGUUUUUGUCCUGAGAGGAAUAUAAGGUUUUAAAGUUACUUUUUUUUUCCCCUCAUGAAAGCUCUGUACAAUUUUGAAUUGAUAAUCUUUAGUCAGGUGUCAAGUCAGAAUGGUGGAUUAGCCUGUACCCUGGAUACUUUUGUUCAUUUUGAAGAGUUAAUCUUUUCAUUUCCAUUUAUUGAUCUGUUUUGACCAGAGAAGUUAGGGAGAGGGUUCGUUUUGUGUCUGGUUUGGGUAUAUUUUGUUUUCUUGAAUCUUGAUUUAUCUAUUCAGAUACAAUGACCUAUUAGUAAGCCUCAGUUAUCUUCAGAAUUUGGAUUUCUUAAAUAAAAGCUUUGGUGCAGUCUAUAUACUGUUCAUAAGACACUUUUCUUUAAAGCUUCCUAGGGUGGAAAUUACUUUUCCUGCCCCUUUUUAUUUAUGUUUAGUGAUAGUCUAACUUUUAUUCAAGGCCACGAUGGAGAAACAGCACUCAAACCUUAGUCCAAUAUUCAUUGGCUCUUUUUUUAGGUUUUACAUAUAUGUUUGCAUUUUUAACAGUGUGUUUUGUCUAGUCUUUGUGAAAAUGUGUUGCUAGUAAGAGAGAAUACAUUUUCUGUAUGAAAAUAUUUGUUUUUUGUCCGGUAGCUUUCAUUCUUUUACCUUUUUGUGUGUGUUGAAAGUCAGAAAUUUGCCUACUUUAGCAAGAAGGCAGGGAACAGUUGGUUUGGAGAAGAUUAAACAUGGUAGCUUUUCAUUAUUUCAGAUAGGUGCAAAAGCAUUCAUUGCCAAGUUCUUGAUCCACUUAUGUCCCAGGAGAGCUUUCUUUGGAGUGGUAAAGUUCUUGUUUGCAUGUUACUGUUCUUUAUGGAAACUCGGUAUGCAUGGUAGUGGUCUUGCUUGCACUGUUUUACUUACUUAAGAAAAAGAAGUUUCAGUUGGCUAAAAGAUUAUCUUUUAUGUAGGACAAAAAAAAAAGAUUGUUUUUCAUGAAGAGUGUUGAGAGGAGGGUGAAAAUAGGUGAGCUAAGCACAAUUUUUAAUUUAGGUUCUUAAAAAGUAUAUUCUAAACAUGUUUGGUAUGCCUGUAUAGGCCUUUAAAAAUGGUUUGUAUGUUAAUGACUUGUUUAUCUAAUGUGCACUGAACAUUUUACAUUAAUACUGUACUGUUUUACAUUAAUACUGCAUGCUUUUCUAUGUGAACUGAAUAAAGGAUGUCAUAAACACUGUAA